CUGCGCCUCUGCAUCUCCGCAUCGAAUACACGUGCUAGAUCCCGCCAACCCGCUGGGAAGCUGAGAACAAAGACACUCCGCCCAUUGUUCGCAGCUUCGGCCCGACACAUCGGCCGAAGCCGUGGCCACUUAUCUCCUAUCUCUCCACGUCCCGUCGACGACUCUCAUCCUCUCCGUCCAUCAUGCCCGCCCUCGUCGCCGUGGCCUCCGCCUCUCCGUCCCCCGCCCCCGUCCCCGCCCCCGUCCCCGCCCUCGCCCUCUCCUCGUCGAUCGCAAGCACGUCCCGCCCCUCCAUCACCCCCCGCCGCUCCCGCUCGCCCCGCAAGAUCUCCGUCGCGAUCGACAAGGCCUCUCCCGCCGCCCUCCCCUCUCUCAUCCCCCGUCUCGCGGACAUUGCGCUCGCGCAGGAACACGGGCUCGUGGCGCCAUACACGCGCGCGGACGCCGCCCAGCUCUACGACCUCCCCCUCGGCGUUGGGGCGGGCAAGUGUCUCCUCCUCGUCGCGCGGGACACGGCCGUGCCGCUCCGGCGCGGGAGGACCGGGAAUGCCUCUCGCACGCGGGAGGGGCCGAGGGAGGGGUCUCGGACAAGAGAAGGGGGGGAGGAUACUGGAGAGCAAGAGGAGCGCGGGGGAGAGGCGCGCAAAGGCCACAUCGUCGGAAGCGUGCAGCUGCAUUUCCACGCGGCGCCCAACGGGUGGUUCCGCGCUGAUGUGCGUGGCUUGGUCGUGCAUCCUGACUAUGUGAGGCGAGGGGUGGGGCGGCGGCUGAUGGAGGCGGUCGAGGAGGAGGCUAAGGCGUGCAAGACAAAGUUGUUGGUGAGUGGGGACACUAGACGGGCGAGGUGGCACGGAGGGAGGAUGUGAUGACGAGAAAAGGAGAGGGGGAGAGGAGAUGAGAUGAGAAGAGGAGCGUGGAGGGCGCGACGACCGACCCCAGACGCGAGAGAGGAAAGUGGACUAUGGAAGCGCACAAUACCUUGCCACGCGCUCUCGUUGCCCCACUCUCUGGCCUUCGAUGCUGACCCGCAGCUACUCGACACCGAGCCCU